UGUUUCAAUGUAACUUGUCAGUGAACUUGAAGCAUGAAAUAGGUAAUUCAUUUUUCAUUUCAUUUCUAUCACUUUGGUGCAGUUUUUCACAAAAUGACUUCCCACUUGACUCAAGAACAAAUAACACUUCGAAGCAGACAACUGAAUCCCUGUGACCAUUUGUUCUGGAGAAGCAGAGGUUAUGCAGAGAGACCAGAUAACUGGGAAGAUAUAUUAGAGGAGAUUGGAUACUAUGCUAGUGAUACUGAAGGAUCUUACCAUGAGGAAGAAAGUGAGUAUGAAGAAGAAGCUGAAUUUGAAGAAGAGAGUGAAUAUGACGAAGAGGAAGAUUCCGCUGAAGAAGAAGAAGAUUCCGAAGAUGAGGAAUAUGAAGAGCAUAUGACAAUUAGCAACGAGAAUAAUCCUAACAAUGACGCGUUCUGGAGAUUGAGAGGUUAUAGUGAACGUCCUGAUAAUUGGAGAGAACUCAUUCCAUGAGGAAAAUGAGGCAUUCCGACUACGGACACAUAUUUCACUAUGAAAUAAUAAAAACAAUU